AUGGCCAGCUCUAGAAACCUAGGAACUGCCGUGUUGGCUGUUGCUUGGACAUUCAAUGGACUCGCCACGAUGGUCAUUGCAGUCAGAUAUUACGUCCGAUCAAAGAUCAUUAAAAAGCUCACGGUGGACGACGGACUAAUUUUGUUCGCCCUAGGUCUGGGACUGGGGAAUUCGAUUUGUUUGACAAUAUCCGCUAGUCAUGGUCUGGGAUCCCAUGUGAAUGAACUAUACGCAGACCAAAUCAUGUACUCGAUCAAAUGGGUAUACAUCUGCGAGUUCUUCUCCAUUCUCUCGCCGUGCAUCGGUCGCAUAGCGUACGCAUUCCUGCUGCUGAGCCUUGUUCCGCCAAUUCCAUGGCGCUCUCGUCUGCUCUGGAGCAUCAUCUGUCUUCAGUUCGUGAUCGACUGUGGGACCGUGGUUGUCAGUUUCGCACAAUGUACGCCGAUGAGGAGGUAUUGGGACCACAGCGUGCCGGGCAGCUGCUGGCCGCCUAACGUGCAGCGGAAUACAGGAUACUUCCAGAGUUCUGUAUGCUGUGCUGUUGAUUUCGUUCUCGCGAUCUUUCCCGCCAGCAUGUUCUGGAAGCUGAACAUGGAAUGGAAGAAGAAAUUCUCGCUCUCGUUCCUGAUGGGCCUGGGCAUCUUUGCGAUGAUUGCAUCCGUCGUGAAAACCAUCCAGCUCAGAGCAAUCGCCGUGACAGACGAUCAGACACACGCCAUGGCCAAUCUGGCCAUCUGGUGGACACUGGAAGCGUACCUAGUUAUUCUCGCCGCCUCUAUUCCCACAUUGCGCCCGAUCGUCACAGCACCGCGCCAUGCAUCGAGCGUCGGGCUACAUGCAGUGGGUAGCUCGUUCCUUCCGCGGGGCCACAACGCAGGCCUUGAUAGUAUAAGUGAAUUCCAGCUUUUGGAUAGGGAUCAUCGCAGGCCGUGA